AUGCGCCGAAUCCACCUGACCUCCUCCUCCUCCUCCUCCUCCUCCUCCUCCUCUACGCUGCGUACUCCGGCGGCAAUACAAAGUCAAAACAAGGAAGGUUGGAAGCGAGCACAGGGGCUGACAAGUCGGGAAGCCCGUCGACCCGUGCCACGCACGACCCUGCCCACGCCUGCAUCUCGCACAGGCGGGAGCGCUACGGAGACUGCAUUAAGAAGGAAGCAUCGUUGUUCGUCUCAAAGUUCUGAGAAGGCCCGCCUCACCCCGUCGAUUAGCAACCUUCUUGGCGAGGCCUCUUAG